GCGCAUAUGGCAACAGCUCGGACGUCAUUCGCAUCGUUCGGACAUGUUCGGCAGUAGCUCGCCAGUGUCAGCCCGCAAUUACGAAGCAGAAGCUGUAUUUUAUGUGUGCUGCGCCACAAACGUUUACCCAAUUCGAAAUGGGCUCCGAAAGGUGGUCUUCUGAGAAUAAUAUUACAUUCAUGAAUCUCUACAGAGAACAAGAAAACCUAUGGAAUUGUUUUGAUAAAAAUUAUAAAAAGAGAGAUAUGAGAAAAGCAUCUUUGGAAUACAUUGCAAACGAAAUGAGUCUAGUUAACACCAGUGAGCCUAUCGAUACACCGUCGGGGUCCAAAAUUUUGGAAGAUGAUGUUAGUCGGGACAUUGAUGAUAAAACUGAUAAUAGAUCAAUCGACUCCAGCGACACCUCGUUGAUCAAACAUAAAAAUCCAGUUCAAGUUGAAAAUAAAAUAAAGCAUAACAUUACCCAAGAAACGAGUGGAAUUGCAGCAGCUAUUAAUGAGCUUAAACAACUGAAUAGUACUAUACAAACUUCCAGUUGUUCUCAGCAAUGUGAUGAGUACGAUGUUAUUGGAAAACAUGUCGCUAUUCAACUGAGAGGGCUCCCAUUACUCGAUUUUAUAGACGCCAAAGAUGAAAUCCAACAAGAUCCAGUGUACCAAGUGAUUCAUUCCCAGGACCUGUCCCAAUAUCUGAUCGGCCCGCAGAAACAGUUUCUCGGCAGCCAGUUCAAACAGUUGUUGGACAACCAUCAAAUGCAUCAUACGAGGGUAUCCACUUUGGUGAUCCACUAG